AAUGUUUAUCAUAGAUCUAAAUUUUACCCCUUAUUGUGACAAUAUAAUUCCCUUUUCACUGAAAGUCGCAGCAUUGGUCGUUGGCAAUGCGUCCAACUGGGAAUGAAACGAAUUUAACAGCGAAACAAAAAUCAGCGAGUCAACUGUAGAGCGCUCAGUCGGUGUUUUAACUUUAAAAUGAAAAUAACUUUUGAAAUUUAAAUAAACUUAAGCUCGCAGAAGUUGAAAAAUUGACAAUUCAGGUGUGUUAAAUACAAGGAAGUGGUGACCAUAAAAAGGAUUUAAUGUGAAAUGAAUUAUCCGGCGCUUGUGUUGAAUGCAAUUUGUAUGUGAAACAAUUGUGAACAAAUAGAACGAAUGGGAGUGUGAACAUCUGUCAGUUUGCGGUCGCGCUGCUUCUUCCUUUCGUCGCCACUGUGCAUUAUUGUUGUUGGGUUGUGUGCAGUUUUGUAUUGUUUUUUGUUUUAGCAAAACGCUUUGCUGCCAUUAAAAAUAUACAUAUUAUCGUGUUUGCAAACAAAUAAAAAGGAGUAUUUAGUCUAAUACAAGAAUUUACUAGUUUUAAUGCUUAAAACACAAAUUUCGAAAAUAUAUCCAAAAAAAUAUUGUGCAAAUAACAACAAAACCCGCGAAUCAUUCACAAAUAUUAUACACAGUAACACAAGUGCCAAAUUUUUAAAUGCAACUUUGCCAAACUUUUACACAGCGGAAAAUAAAAAUAUAUCCAAACAUUUUAUAGAAAGUUCAAUUAGCCGUCUUAUCGCUUAUAGUGUUGUGCAAACAUGGAAUUGUGCACGCUACCAAACUUAAUUGCCUGCCACAGCGUCGCAUAUACAAUUGCUAAAUGAAGAGUUAUAGUGAUUACCAUAUUGGCACCCCUCCCAGUAGCACCGCAACAGCAUUGGAGCAACACUUGGAACAGUAUAACCCCACAGCUAUUAGCACUUUAGUCAACGGGCACCACCAUCAUCAUCAUCAUCAACAACAACAACAACAGCCGCAACAUUCACCAGCACAUCAGAAUCAGCAUCAACACCAUCAGCAAUUACUUCAUCAUCAUUCAGGACAUUUACACGAUCUGAACGAUUCGCUAUCACCACCUUCAUCAAUACAUUCACAUAACUCUGCCGCCAUAUCAACAGCUGUUGCAACAUUGUCCCAAAUGCCCCACUUUGGACUUGCGGGUGUUGGCGGUGCUUAUGCCCAAACGCCGCCCAGCCCGCCGGUGCAUCAUGCACCUGGCGUCGUCGGUAUGGGUGGUGGUGGUGGUUUAUUGCCACCUAGUUCGCCACAUCAUCAUCAGCAACAACAGCACCAACAGCAGCAGCAGCAACAACAACACCAUCUUGCUAUGCUCCCGCGUGGUUUGAAUACUGGCAACAGCGGCGGUUGUGCUCCACUAAUGUCUACCGGUUUGAAUUCUAAUGCAGUUGGAGUGCCAUACCGGCCACAUAUUGAGGAUAAAAAAUUGACUCGCGAUGCAAUGGAGCGUUAUAUGCGCGAACGUAACGACAUGGUCAUUGUGAUUCUACAUGCCAAGGUGGCGCAAAAGUCAUAUGGCAAUGAAAAGCGUUUCUUCUGUCCACCACCAUGCAUUUAUCUCUUUGGCAGCGGUUGGCGUCGUCGUUAUGAGGAAAUGCUACAGAAAGGCGAGGGUGAGCACUGUGCGCAGUUGUGUGCCUUUAUUGGCAUUGGGUCCUCGGAUCAGGAUAUGCAGCAACUGGAUUUGAAUGGCAAACAGUAUUGUGCCGCUAAGACGCUUUUCAUUUCUGAUUCGGAUAAACGAAAACAUUUUAUGCUUUCGGUGAAAAUGUUCUAUGGCAAUGGCCAUGACAUUGGCGUCUUCAAUUCGAAACGCAUUAAAGUCAUAUCGAAACCGUCGAAGAAGAAGCAAUCGUUGAAGAAUGCUGAUCUGUGUAUAGCGAGUGGCACGAAUGUGGCGUUGUUUAAUCGCUUACGCUCGCAAACCGUUUCAACGCGUUACCUGCAUGUGGAAAAUGGACACUUUCAUGCCUCGUCGACGCAAUGGGGUGCUUUCACGAUACAUCUGUUGGAUGACAAUGAAUCGGAGUCGGAGGAGUUUCAGGUGCGCGAUGGCUAUAUUCAUUAUGGAGCGACGGUGAAAUUGGUGUGCUCUGUGACGGGUAUGGCGCUGCCACGUCUCAUCAUACGCAAAGUAGAUAAACAAAUGGCAUUAUUGGAGGCUGACGAUCCUGUAUCGCAGCUGCAUAAAUGUGCUUUCUACAUGAAGGACACGGAUCAUAUGUAUCUGUGCUUGUCACAAGAGAAAAUCAUUCAAUUCCAAGCGACGCCAUGUCCAAAAGAACCAAAUAAGGAGAUGAUAAACGACGGCGCCUGUUGGACAAUCAUCUCAACCGAUAAAGCAGAAUAUCAAUUCUACGAAGGAAUGGGUCCUGUGGGCUCUCCCGUCACACCGGUGCCAAUUGUUAAUUCUCUGAACUUGAAUGGUGGCGGUGAUGUCGCAAUGUUGGAACUGAGCGGUGAUAAUUUUACGCCGCAUUUACAAGUCUGGUUCGGUGAUGUGGAAGCAGAAACAAUGUAUCGCUGCACGGAAACGCUUUUGUGUGUGGUACCAGAGAUCUCACAAUUUCGUGGUGAAUGGUUAUGGGUGCGACAACCAACGCAAGUGCCAAUCUCGCUGGUACGUAACGAUGGCAUUAUAUACGCGACGGGUCUGACAUUCACCUACACACCGGAGCCGGGUCCACGACCGCAUUGUACACAGGCGGAGGAUGUUAUGCGUACACGCAAUGCGACCACAACAACAGCGACAAGCAGCAAUAAUGUCAAUAAUAACGCCGGUAGUCUGAGUGGCAACAAUAAUAAUUUAGGUGGCUUAAACAACAACAACAAUGUGGCACAUUCACCCGGUGAUGGUGGUGGCGGUGUUGUUGGCAGCAAUACAGCAGCCAGCCAUCAAAUGCACCAAACACUACCCUCCAUGAGCGAAGUACAAUGGAAUACGCACGGCGGCGGCGGUUUGUCCUGAGUGAAGGUGACACAAAGUGGUUGGGCAACGACAGCGGUGACCAGGGCAAUGCCGUUGCAUUGCUAUUAUUGGUGUAUCGUCAGAUGUCUCUAAUAAAUAAUGGGCGCAUGAAUAUUUAUGUUUAAGUAAAUAGUAAAUUGAAUGCGAUGGUUCUCUUUUUAUUUAAAGAAAUUUUCGAGGAAUUUAGGAAUUUUUUAAUCUUGU